AGUGAAUAAGACUGUACCUACAGACAAAGAUCGUCAGGAACCAGUGGCGGCGAAUAUUUCCUCAACCUCCUCACAUCAUUCCCUCCAAGAGCGGAAAAGCCAUGCGCAAUUCCGACCAUCCUACGAAACUGGAAAAUGCCUCCAUACGUCACGCGCAAGCGCGUGCGUAGCGGCUCACCACCCCCACAGCAUCAAGCUUCAAAGCGGAAAGCAACGACCAAGCCUGCGCUUGCCCCACCUCGAAAACCCACCCUGUUCGAUGACCUCGACGCCACCUCUACUCCACGGUCGUCCACGAAGAGCAGCGCCGCUGCACAGCUGAUCGACGAUAGUGACGACGACAGCAGCUCGCUCUCAUCAUUUUCCGAUGCCGAUUUCGAGGAUGUGCCGCUCACGAAGAGGCGGAAGGUCGAUAUUGGCCAUGAAGCAGGCGAGGACGACGACGACGACGAUAUUGAGUUCGAAGACGUCCAGACUCCGCUUGCCGAAAUCCCCGACGCCCCAGAGCCGUCGGGCGAUCUGGAGUUGACGUUGACCAGGGACACGAGAAUCUCGCUGACCAAUGCUUUUGGCAAGAAAGGACCCUCCAAGUUGGAGCGCAGGAUUAGGGUCGCAACACACUGCGUCCACGUCCAAUUUCUCUUGUGGCACAACGCUAUUCGCAACUCGUGGUUAUGCGAUCCAGAGGUUCAGGGCUUGCUGCUGUCGCAUCUUCCGCCUAGACUAUGGGACGAAGUGGAGAGAUGGAAACGAAAUAGUGGCCAGGAUGAGCCUCAAGCCACACCGAAAAAGCCCACUACCACUAGGGCAAAGGGAAAGGGGAAGAACAAGAGUUCCACGGAUAAGUCAUCCCGAGACUGGAGCGACGCCGCGCAGCACUUGGAAAGUGGCACUGUAGACUUGAGUCACGGAGAUCCCCUGUUUAGGUUGAUGAAGGCUCUAUCUGCUUGGUGGAAGCAGAGGUUCCGAAUCAAGGCGCCAGGGCUGAGGAAGGUCGGGUACAUGUCACUUGAACGGCUGGAUCGGUUGACUAAGGCGUACCACAAUGACGAGCAUGACGCCGUCCGGUUUGGGGAACGCAUUGGGAGCCUGGAAGAGUUCAGGAUAUGCGCUCAAGAUUGCACUGGAAGCCGAGACGUCGGGUCGCAGCUGUUCACGGCCCUUCUGAGAGCACUGAGCCUAGACGCAAGGAUGGUUGCGAAUCUGCAACCCUUGGGGUUUGGCUGGAACAAGCUUGAGGAAGCAGAGCCCGAGAAGGAGAAUAAGGAUCCCAUCACCACCUCUACGGAAAUUGGGAGCAAGUCCAGUACAAACGGUGCAUCUACCGGGAAGGGCAAAAUGCCGUCAAGGUCAAGCAAGGCUCCCGAGCGGAAAGUUCAGGUAGCUUCGCAGUCGAACACGAGGCAAACGAGCCGCAAAAACAACAAACCCUCCCCUGACGACGUUGACAAUUUCGAACUCCUCGCGGAUGACAGCGACGAGUUGCUCGUUGAGAUACCCCAAGCAACACCAAGGAAGAAGUGGCAAGCAUACGACCAGGAUCUCGAGUUCCCACAUUACUGGAGCGAAGUAUUGUCCCCCGUCACCAACAAAUACGUGCCAGUGGACCCCAUUGUCAAAUCCGUCAUUGCGACGAACAGGGAACUGGUUGAGUCGCUCGAGCCACGGGGCAACAAAGCGGACAGGGCAAAACAAGUCAUUGCUUAUGUCGUCGGCUUCUGCCAGGACGGAACCGCCAAAGAUGUUACAGUCAGGUAUCUCAAGCGUCAGGUGUUGCCCGGCCGGACCAAGGGGAUGCGGAUGCCUAUCGAGAAGGUACCGGUACAUGACCGUAACGGAAAAGUAAGAAGGUACAACCAAAUCGAUUGGUUCAAGACUGUCAUGCGCGGCUACGGAAGGGGGGGCAGGAAGAAUCCUGUUACCGAACUUGACGAUGACGAGGACUCGACCGACUUGAAGGCGGCCAAGCAAGAGAAAAAGGAAGUCAAGGGUGGGGAAGAAACUCUGCAAUACUACAAGCAGUCGAAGGAAUUCGUUUUGGAAAGGCACUUGAAGAGGGAGGAGGCGUUGCUCCCAACAGCCAUUCAGGUGAAGACAUUCAAGAACAAGGGUAAAGGCAGCGACCCCAAAGAGGAGCCAGUGUUCUAUCGCAAGGACGUCGUCCAAGUGAAAAGUGCAGAAACAUGGCACAAGCAAGGGCGCGCGCCACUACCGGGAGCAGAGCCGCUCAAGAGGGUACCCUAUCGAGCGGCAACGACAAAUCGACGCCGUGAGAUAGCAGAAGCCGAGGCUCUCACGGGUGAGAAGGUCUUGCAGGGCCUUUACGGUUUUGACCAGACUGACUGGAUCGUCCCGCCUCCCAUCCAGAAUGGCAUCAUUCCCAAAAACGAGUACGGAAACAUCGACCUCUUUGUUGAGCACAUGUGUCCCGAAGGUGCUGUUCAUGUUCCUUAUCGUGGGACCACGAAGGUCUGCAAGCGGCUCAAGAUCGACUAUGCCGAAGCAGUGGUGGACUUCGAGUUCGGGCACCGGAUGGCAGUCCCCGUCAUCCAGGGCGUGGUCAUCGCCGCGGAGUACCACGACCAGGUCAUGCAGGAGCUCGCCAAGGACGAAGCAGAGCGGAGUAGGAAGGAGGACGAGAAGCGGAGGAAAGCCGCCCUAGCCAUGUGGAGGAAGUUCUUGAUGGGCAUGCGUAUUAUGGAGAGGAUCCGGCAAGAUUACGGAGACACUAACGUCGACGUCGAGGUUUUCAGACACGAUCGCGGUGCCGGAGACGCUGCGGGCAAAGACGAGGAUAUGGCUGGGGGUUUCCUACCGGAAGGCUACGAGUCGGGAGAGGAAAAAGAGGCACAUCAGGUGUCUGGAUUCUUCCCCGUUGCGGACGAGGACGACGGCGACGACGACGGGGAGGACACGCUCCAGGUAGAGCAUGAUACCCCGUUCGACCGGCCCGCCCAACCACAUACCCCUUCGGAAUCUACAACGAGUACGAAGCCGAGGAGGAAGACGGCAACGGCAGCAAAGGCUUCCUCGUCGAGACGCAGGCAGCGGAGAGCACUGGAAUCAGAUGACGAGGACGCCGAGGAGUAUGGAGAGCAAGACGAAGAUUACUGUGCUUGAUGACGGUAUCACAAUGAAGUAAUGAACUGGCAAGAUAAUAUUCACGACGAGUAUAUCCCUGUAUGACAAUACAAUCAUGCCGCCGAAUAACAAACAGGCAGCGGAUGGUUGCUCGGCAAGUCAGAACCUUGCUUUUCUGUUUGUAGUGACUUGCUAUAGACCAUUUCCACGACCCCUAAUUUCAAGUAAUUUGAACCCAUC